AUGGAGAACAUCGAACUCUUCAAUCAAUCUAUUCCUAAUUAUCAAACAUAUGAUGCAUCUAUGUUCAGAUCAAUAAAUUUCACAACUAACGAAACAUUUUUACCAACACAUAACUGUUCAUUACAAGCUCGUCUUUCUACACAGACUUAUUUAGCUUUUGCAUCAAUUAAGUCAUUAUAUUUACGUUCACUUAUUGGACCAGGCAUAUUACUUAAUUUACUUUGUCUAUUUAUACUUUCUCGACCAAAAUUAUCAAAUAAAUCAACAACAAUUAUAUUUUUACGUGUUCUUGCACUUUUCGAUAUAUUAUCAAUUAUACUUAAAUACAUUCGGGCAGAAAUCAAUUAUCAAUCAACUAAAAAUGGCCAUAAGAUAUUUUUAUUAACUCCAUCAGCUUGUAAAAUAUUAUAUGUAUUAAUGAAUGCAUGCAUUUCAAUUACUAUGUGGACAAUUGUUUUAAUGAGCUUAGAUAAAGCUGUUGCUGUUAGUUAUCCACUUAAAUCACAUAUAUGGCUAACCAACAAGCGAGCAUAUCAGAUCUCUUGUUGUACUAUUAUUACACUUUUGCUUGUGAAUUUAUCAUUCAUUAAAUAUUCUGGCAUAGUCCACACAAAAAAAGAGCCUAAAUCCUGUACAUUAAAUACUAUUCCAAUUACCUUCGAUGUACUGACUGCUUCAAUUCUGCCUAUAGGUCUUAUUACAACUGCUAAUAUCGUUAUUGUAGUUGUAUUACAUCGUACUCGAUAUGCUUGGCGAAUGACUGAAGAUUCUAACAAACAAGCGGCUGAUUCAAACUUCUUCAAAACAAAUUUAUCAAAAACAUUACUUCGUCGACGUUAUUCCCAUAGUUUAGCAACAACAAGAGUCGAAUUAAUAUUAGCUACAAAAAGACGUGUAAAUGCACAAAUUACACGUAUGCUGCUAGCUGUUACAUUAUCAUUAAUUAUAUUGAAUAUUCCUAAUACAAUAUUUUUUGUUUAUGUUAACAUUUAUGAUAUAGGAAAAAAAUUCAAGAAACAUCCAUGUUUAGAUAUUAGUGACGGUGAUAUAUUAUUAUAUAAAUAUGUAUUUUAUUCAAGCGUUAUACAAGAUAUAUUAUCGGAUUUACCUCAUGUAGUUAAUUUUUUCUUAUAUUAUUUAGCCGGGAAAAACUUUCGAAGUAUAUUUAUAAAUGUAUUUCAUCAAUUUCUUGCUGAUUUUCAUUUAAUAAAACAAAAGAAAAGACGUCCUCUGUGA